UAAAACUGAAACUCUUGGCCAAAACAUUUAAAGAUUAACCAUAUGAAUUCAUUACUAUCAAACCUGUUGAAAUAUACUUACAUAUACGUAUUUCUAGUUCACUAUUUUUGCAAAAUUUGUUAGGCUUGAUAAUUUUUUCUUUGGAAAAUGAUAAAUUAAAACUGUAUUGAAAAGUGUUUCAAUAUAUAAAUGUAUGAAGAUUGUUACAGAGUUAUUUUUGCUUGUUAUGGUAUGGCACAACUCAGAAACAAAUUUCAAAGUGAAUGAGGCAUGGUAGUCUACUAAUCCAAUGCAUCUGUUCUAUUUUGUGUGAGAAGAUUUUCAUUCAGUAACAUAUUUUUAGAAUGUUGUUUUCACUUUACGGCCCAGAGCUGAUUUUGAAAAUCAGAAGUUACAGUGAUGACAUGAUUUUGGCCACUCGUGCUUCAUAUACUUUCAAGGAGAUUUAGCUUCAGCAAUUUUUUUCGAACUGACAAAUGUUUGUGAAGGUAGCUCCCGAGUCUUGACCUGAUGAUGCCAGUUAGGAGAGAAUCGCUUGCCAUUCCAGUAUUCGUCGGAUCUUCAAAAAAGAGCAUUGAUAUUAUACAUGAUCUCUUCAUGUUUUUUAUGAAAAUCUUUUCAAAUAAUAGGAGUAUGCUACAAUCUCCCUGUUAUCUCCUCCCUAGGUCACUGUCAUCUCAAUUCAUUUAUUAAGUUCCCAGUGUCUUCUUUUUAUGUUUUUUGUAUGUUUUGGUCAAGUUGAAUUCUGGAUUUUCUGUGGUUUUGGAAAUAAAAUGUAUUGUGUUCAUAAUUUAGAACAUUGGUAUAAAUUUUCUGUAAGUUAAAGACAGUAGCUAAAGAAACUUACCCAAGAAGUAAAAAUGGCUCACUACAUUUCAAAUCAUGAUCCCGGGCUCUUCAGCUGAAAGUAAUCUACAUCAAUACCAAUGGAAUGUCGGGCACUACUGCUGAAACUGAUGUAUUAAAUGAGGUAAAAAUACUUGAACAAACAACAAACUUGGUUAAGAUAUAUUGAGAACUGACUUCACAACAAAAUUGUAAAGGGCCUUUAUGGACACCCAGUAUAUAGAGAAUUUUUAAGGUAUGAAUUGAAUGAGAGUAUGAGACACUUGGUCAGAUUCACUGGAAAGGUAAAUUAAACUGGAAAUUUUGGAAUCUGAUCUUUCUGUUAAAGACUGCGAGUUCAUGUCAUAUCAAAGCUUGUGCUGAGUCUCACGAAAGCCAAGCGGUAUCGCCUGCUUGAGUAGGAAUAAUUAUGUGCAAGAGGAUGCAUCUGGCACUGGCUAACUAAUGCCAUACCCGACAUUGACUAGUAACCAGACGAAAGGAAGUGGUUUGCCAUAUAUUUAACCCAUCUGUCCCUAAUAUCAAUGUGAAAAUCUUAUUCUAAUAUGAAAUAUAUUUGAAUGUAUUUUUGUAUACAUCCCUGGGCGUGUAGUGUGAAAGUGUGUGUAUCAUUACAGAAGUAACUAAUUUUGUUCGCCUACUUUACAUCAAGUUGUGUAAAUUGACUGAAACCUAUGGGUAGGGGGUAUAUUCACUUGGCAAAUACAGACAGUCCUUGAACUAGUAAUAGAACUAAAAAGAGGAAAAUCGGAGUGAAAUUAUACCCUAACCCAGUAUACACACUACAGGAGUACCCAUCUCUGUAUUAAACUGAAUUUUCUAUGUCAAAUUGUUUUCCAUACCUAAUGAUCUAACUAAGAUACAGAAUCGCUGUUUCACGUCUUCUUUGCCACAUGAUGGUGUCGGCAGCCAGAAGAAAACUUCUUCGAAGAGCUUUGAAGGCAAGUUUCAUCGAAUCAAUGAGUCUGUACUUAACAUCAUGGAUUAAGAUGCCAGUUGUCUUUGCUUGGUUUCGAAGAAGUCGUAAACGCCGCCGCGCACUUUGCGCAUUGCUUUUUGCGCUAAAUGAAACGGAAGGAAACACUCAAGAGGAGAUAAUUGAUAGAUUGAUGAAAAAUUGGUUGGAAAAGAGAGCUACAACUUUCACAGAAAAUAACUGGAUUGAAUUUUUUAAAAUGAGGAAACAUACUUUCUAUCGUUUGGUUGACUUUGUGAAAAAUGAUAUAGAGAGGGAUGGCAAACCUGGUGACGCUUCUCCAGUGAAAUGUGUUGCAAUAGCUUUGUAUCAACUUCUGGUCAAACAACAAAAACAACUUCCCAGUUGCUUGAUGUGGAUGAAGCAAUUGUUAUCUCUUCGCUUAACAGGUUUGUCAAAGCAAUGCUGAACAAAAAAUCAGAGUUAAUUAUGAUGCCAAAUUUUGAUGAAGCACGACAGAUAUCUGACAGAUUCAAAGACAAAUUUAAGUGUCCGCAGGUCAUAGGUACCCUAGGAAGCAUUCACAUUCCAGAAGGAGUUUUAAAUGAGAGAAGGUCGGCUUCCCAUACAGCAAUGUCACGGCUAGUUCUUCAGGCUCUGGUAGAUGAUGAGUACAAAUUCCGUGAUAUAUUUAUAACGACGACUGUGAAAAGUAAUUACGCAGAAAUCUUGGAAGAAUCAAAAUUAUACAAAGAUGGAUUACCAGAAUAUUCUCUCAACAUUGAAGGAACAGAGGUACCAUUCUAUGUGGCAGCAAACAAUGAAUAUCCUUUGUUGUCUUGGGUUAUUACACCUUUUCAUGAUUCCAAAAUUGAGGGGUAUAAAGAGCGUGAAUCAUUCAACGAACAACUAUCAAGUAUUCUACAACAAGUGGAAAUUGCGUUUGCAAGGCUAAAAACAAGGUGGAAAAUACUGCAAAGUAACUCUUUCAUGUCAAAUCACAAUGCAAAAGAUAUUAUAGCAUGUGUUGUAUGCUCCAUAAUCUUUGUGAAGCCACUGAUUCUCCUGUUGAGGAAAUAUUAUCAACAAAAACUCAUUUUAGUCAGCGCAAACGCCCGGAUUGUACACAAAUGACUACAGAUGGCGAGAACUCAAGAAAUGCAUUGUGUGCUUAUUUGGCUAAACAAUUUCCGUUGAAAGUAAAAUUACCUUCUGUUGAGCAGAAAAAAAAGAACUAUUGAGUUCUGUGGGAACAUGCAAUGGUCUCAAAUGUUUCCUACCCAGGGAGAAAUUCCUUCACAAGAAGGGAUUUUGAUGUUCUCGGGAAAAACAUAUCAUUUAGUAUUUGGCAUCAUUUCACAAAUAGUUUAUUUAUUUAGUAUUUUUGUAAUGGGCAAACGAAAUAUACAGGGUGUCUCAAAAGUAAGUAUACACUUAUAAUUUUGAUUUGCUUUUCAGGUACUCAUCAUAGAGCGUUCAU